GGCGAAAACUCUACAAAGUUAAUAAUCAAAUGUUUACCCCUAUUGUUUCAGAUCUCCUCCAUAACGUACCUUCUUAUCUCUCUCUCAAGGGAAAACGAAGAUGAUUGAGUCCAAGUCUCCGGUCUGCAACACUUGCGGAGAGGAGACUGGUGUGGAAUCAAACGGAGAGUUCUUCGUUGCUUGCCAUGAAUUCAAAGAAGGUCGAAGAAUCUGCUUGCGUAGCGGCAAGCCUUACGAUGAGAAUGUGCUUGAUGAUGUUGAGACAAAGACAUCUAAACACCAAUCCACUGUUGCAACACACAUCAGUAACACUCCUCAGGAUUCUGGAAUUUAUGCUAGACAUAUAAGUACAGUCUCCACAAUAGACAGUGAACUCAACGAUGAAUAUAGAAAUCCUAUAUGGAAGAACAGAGUUGAUAGCUGGAAAGACAAGAAGAGCAAGAAGAAGAAGAAACAUGCAAAGGCAACAAAAGCUGAAGACCCUGAUGCUCAGGUUCCUCCCCAACAGCACAUUGAAGAUAUAUCACUGAACGCAGAGGCUGCUUCUGCUACAGAUGUGCUUUCUGUUUUGAUUCCUAUCCCAAGGACAAAAAUUACUUCAUACAGAAUCGUUAUCAUCAUGCGUUUAACCAUCUUGGCUUUGUUUUUCCACUACCGUAUCACCCAUCCAGUGGACAGUGCUUACGGUCUAUUGCUAACAUCUGUGAUAUGUGAGAUCUGGUUUGCUUUCUCGUGGGUGUUGGAUCAGUUUCCUAAAUGGUCUCCUAUCAACAGAACGUAGAGCCAUGAAAAGAUUAUGAAGAGUUCAAGAUCAGAAUGAGGUGCAUUGGCUGCGUCGAUGAAGAAAUCAGUAAAACAAGAUUUUUUAGAAGACGAUGGAAAGUCCGGUAAAGCUGUUGGAACAUCCACACCUGACAAAGGUGUUAUAUAUUUGGAGAGGAGGCAGGCAUUUUUGGCUUUGACCAAAGCUUCUCCCGGCAUAUCAGCCAAUGGUAGCUUAGGUACUGGUUCGUCCAAACUUUUGGUCUUAAGCACAAAAUCAUUAGACGUUCAUAGAGUCUAAUGAGAGCUCAAUGGACCUUUUAGGCAUUCUAACUUUUAAUCUUUAGUGUAUUCAAAGAUGGUGUUGUAGUUUUAGAUACACAAGCAAUUUUUUCAUGGAAAGGCUAUCAAGGCUCUUUAUUUUUUUUUUCUGCAUUUUAAGUGAUGACACUUUAGUCAAUACAUAUUUUUAUCGAUUGGAAAAUUGAGAAGUUGAAAGUAAGUUAAUAUGUUUUGGCACCA